AUGUUCUCAAGAUUUGUCAGUGUAGGGAGGGAGAAUCAUGAUCCCUCACCUCCAAAUAAGGUCCAUCAUUCUUCCUUUCUCGGGUCCCUUCCAGCCAAUGCACUGUCGUCAUUCCAGAGAAGCUCUGUCCAUGCAUUAAGGAUCGUAGACACUCUAAAACCAAAAAUUGACACCACCUUCAAAGCACUAAACUCUCAGGUAAAAACAACCUCUGAUAGACGCCCCCUCUUCGACAUUUCUAGGGCUCGCUAG